AUGUCAUUCAAAUUGCUUCUCCAAUAUUUAUGGAAGCAGAACAAAGAAGAUGAGCAACAACGGCACAAGAUGAUUAGGAAAUGGCCGACCAAUGUUAUUGAUUUACUGAGAUACACGUAUUUACCGAUGCUUCUAACUCUGCAUACGCAAUAUCGUUUUAUGCUCUCAACAUACCCAAGUAUGGAAUCAACCUCAUUCUUAAUAUAUGCCAAGUCUCGGAUUGCUCCAAUUAAAGGUAUAUCUAUACCAAGGUUUGAAUUACUAUCGAUACUUAUUGGUUUCAUUGAUACGAGCCUUUUUAUUAAAAGUAGUUGGUUACUAAGAGCAACCCAGUGGGCUCUCAAAUUUAUUAAGCUAAUUCUCGAGGAAAAAAUAGCAUGGUUGUAA